UUGAUUCUAAACUAAACAUCAUGACGCAAAAGGAUCAAUCAGCUUUGGAGAAUCCGAAACUCUCGACGCCGAAUUCAUAUGGCGCCGUCGUUCUCGGUGGCACCUUCGACCGCUUGCACGACGGACACCGCCUCUUCCUCAAAUCAGCAGCGGAGCUUGCCAGGGAUCGAAUCGUGGUGGGUGUUUGUGAUGGUCCCAUGUUAACCAAAAAACAGUUCGCUGAAUUGAUUCAACCCAUUGAAGAAAGGAUGCGUAAUGUUGAGAAUUACAUUAAGUCUAUCAAACCAGCGCUGGUAGUUCAAGUUGAACCUAUUACAGAUCCCUAUGGACCUUCAAUCAUUGAUGAACAUUUGGAGGCCAUUGUUGUGAGCAAGGAGACAUUACCAGGCGGAGUCUCAGUUAAUAAGAAAAGAGCUGAAAGAAGCCUUUCUCAGUUAAAGAUUGAAGUUAUAGAUCUAGUUUCUGAAGGAUGUAGUGGAGGCAAGUUGAGUUCAACAACAUUAAGGAAGCUUGAAGCUGAGAAGACCAAAAACCAAAGUCUACCACAUACAUGAUGAUAAUAAACUGAUUUUCUAUCAAUGGCUGCAACAAAGGUUGUCAUAUUUUCAUGUUCUUUCUUUGUGGAACUCCAACAGCAAAAAUGUGAAGUAUGAAAGUUUCUUCUUCUCUGAAGUAUCAGUAUCUUUAGAUGUCUU